GACUAACUAAAUUAGAUCCAAAUAGUUUACAGUUUUAGUACAAUAUAAUCAAUGCGCUCAAGAGUUUUCUCUCACCUCUAAUCUUUUGCUAGGAAGGUAACAAGAUUAAGGGUUUAACUGUACUAAACACUGCAGAUUUCUCCAGUGGACACUGUGCACUACAUAUACAGUAGCUUGUAUAUAUGGGGCUCUAGAAAAUGAGACAACAAAACAAGGAAUCACCUAAAACAUGCAGAUGAGAAGAACAGAAGAGGUAUCGACUUAUCUGCAUUGAAGAAGAAGAUAUUGAACAACAUGAAACUAGAAGCUUUUUUGCUGCUACUACUACUAAGAUCUUUGCAAGGGAUUUACACUCAAGCGCCUGUAACUGCGCUUACUGUGGCAACAGUGGAAGACUACCAAGGCAGUGGUCUUUUAGAAGUGGAACAGGAAGAUGAACUGGCAUACACUUACUGGUCUGGGACAGCCCCGCUUUGUUUUGGAGGGUGCAGAGGUCGACACAUGGAGCUGAGGAGAGAUAGUUGUGGAGAUUCGGAGUGCUGUUGGGUGGGAUACAAAUCCCUCUGUAGAGUGAACUGUGGGAAGCCUGAUGUAGAUUUUAAUGGAAUGGUGUACGGGAGUGAUUGGUGGGUGGGCUCUGUGGUGCGAUAUGACUGCAGACCAGGAUUCGUGUUGGUAGGUGAUCCUGCUCGAGCCUGCCAGUCCAAUGGGAAAUGGACCCCCAAACCUUCCUGCUUACGAGUGUGUCAUCAUGGGCGUGUGGAGAUCAAUGAGAAAGACAUUGACGGGACAUGCACAUCCACCUGUCCGAAUCCCAAGAGCUAUGCAGUCCCUCUGAACCAUGAGUGCAGUCGCGUUGACAACUGCAGGACUAAAGAAUCGGGUUGGAAGAGUUGGUUCUCACGGUGCAACUACUGUGACUGUGAUUGCUUCAUUCCCUGUGCUUCUGCAGGAUAGAAGAACAUGAAUCCAUCUACACAAGUUAUUUUCUGAAUUAUUUUAUUUAAAGUCAUUAUGAAAGUUAUGGAACGAACUUCAGAACAGCUCUUAGAAAUGUAAAGUGAGAAACUUGACAGAAAACCUUGACAGAACUUCUCAUACUGAAGAUAAAGACAUUUCAUUGGAUUCUACAGAACUGUAGGUAGACUUUCAUGAUAAUUACUGUCUACUAAAACCAAGGUAUUAUGAGUACGGGCGGUUCCCCAGACAGGGCUUAUCCUAGUCCCAGACUAAAAUGCAUGUUUGAGCUGCCUUAUUUAAAACCAUCUUGCACUGCCAUAUCUUGACACAUAUCAGUGUCAUUGUAUUGGCCCAAGAUGCACACCAGUAUUGUUUUUUUUUUUGUAAAGUUUGUUUGUAAAAA